GGGAUCGCCUUCUCACUGUUUCUACAAAGACGGGGUUUCGUCUUCACAGGCAGCGUGAUUCUUAAACCAGAUUUUACGACUUCUCUGUGAGACUAUCCGUGUCAGCGCGCGCUUUUGUCUAUGUAGGUAGCUGAACAUCGUCUCAUUCUCGGAUUUCCGAGCUUCAGUUCGGAUGAGAUGGCCUCUUCACAGAAUGUGGAAUUGGAGGCUGCAAAAUUUCUGCAUAAACUCAUUCAAGAUUCUAAAGAUGAGCCAGCCAAGCUAGCUACUAAACUCUACGUGAUACUACAACACAUGAAAUCUAGUGGGAAGGAGCAUUCAAUGCCAUAUCAAGUGAUAUCAAGGGCAAUGGAGACUGUCAUCAAUCAACAUGGUCUUGAUAUUGAAGCAUUGAAGUCAUCUCGUCUUCCGUUGACUGGUGGUCCUCAAAUUGGAUCUUCUUCACAGCCAGUGAAUGUUACAAAAGAUUCUAGAGUGGGCCUCGUGGAAAACGAGGUGUCCAAAAUGGACCCUUAUGCUUCUGGCCGGCCACCGGUUGCACCAAGUGGUGGAGCACCUGAUUAUUAUCAAGGAUCUGUGGCUCAGAGGAGUGGCCAGUCUUUUGAUCAAGGAAGUCCAUCUAGUUUGGAUUCUAGGUCUGCUAAUUCACAGUCUCAAGACAAACGUGAUACUGCUAACUGGGACAAACAGUCAAAUCAAAAGGAUGGUAAGAAAGCUACGACAAAAAGAAAGAGGGGAGAUACAUCAUCCCCUGUGGAACUGCAUGUUGACAGUCCUCAGCUGGAUCCUCGCAAUACUGGUGUUAGUGCAAGGAAGGGGAAAAUGACCAAGGCUGAAUCGUCGGAUGGUCUUCCAGUUAAAAGCGGGGAACUAACCAACUUUAACAUGGCUCCAAAUAGUGGUCAAAUGGAGAAUGUUUCAACUUUGCCUGGUAGCAUGAGAACAAUGCUUAGAGCAAACCAAGAAGGUCAUCUUUCGUUGGCAAAGCAAACUGAUUUGACAAAGAUUGGCAAUCCAAUGGUGCGAGCUCCUAAUUCAAAGUAUGCUGAAGACUCGGAAGUUUCCUCUGCACAUAUUGCUUCAGGAAAGCAGCAAGGUGCUUAUGCAAAGGUUCAUGGAGGGAUGGGAUUUCCCGCUGGUGCAUCUUCAAUGGCUGAAGCUUUCUCAAAUUCAAUGCAGUACGGUGGUGCAGUUGAGCGUGAUGGGGGUAGUUCUACUAGUUUAGCUGAUGGACAUAAAAUUUCUCAGGUUGGCAGGCAAAAUAGUGGCUCUGAAAUGACUAUGCUUAGACAAGGUGUUCCACCAAGAGACACAGGAAAAUCCACUGUUCCUGUCAUGCCUUUCAAAGAACAACAGUUAAAACAGCUUCGUGCUCAGUGCCUUGUUUUUCUAGCAUUUAGGAAUGGCCUAGCACCAAAGAAACUACAUCUUGAAAUUGCACUUGGAACAGCCUUUUCUAGAGAAGAUGGUUCUCGCAAAGAUCUAAUUGACCACAAGGGAAAAUCACAAUCUCUUAAUGAAUCAAAUAAUGCCUCUGGGGUCAUGAUGCCAUUCGGAGGCCCAAGCAAUGUGAGACAGUCAGAUAAAAACCCUUCAGGUUCCUCUUCAGCUGGUAAAAUUGUUGAGGCUGACUCUUUGCCAAAGGGAACUGAGAGCCCAAGAACAAUGGAGGACAAAGGUAAUCUACAUGUCACAAAAAGAGACGUUGAAAGACGGAUUCAAGAAAGAAUGACCACACAAGCUUCUUCAGUCACUUCAUGUCAGCAGCAAGAUUCUUCUUGUACAAGAGGAGCUGUGAUUGGUAAUCAUUUGGAUGAUGUUGACACCAGUAAUAUGCCAGUAGGAAGACCUAACCAAUCAUCUGUUGUUGGUCCAAAUAGCUGGGCCGGUUUUGCUGGUGCUAAUGAGGCUUCAAAGGGACCUCCACAGAUCUCUACUAUUCAACAUGAGUUGCCUAUAGAAAGAAGAGAGAAUAUUCCUAGUCAGUUUCAAAAUGUUGUUAAUAAUUGUGGUUCACGGAAUCACAGUCUGUCUUCUUUUUCUUUGAAAGAGCAAUGGAAAUCUGUUCCAGGGACUGAAAGUGAUCCCCAUGGAGCAACCAUGAUGAAGGAUGGAAAUGUGAUGAUAAAACAUGUUUCUCCAGAUGGCUUCAAAACAGUUCCAGUUGAUAAUGCAUCAAAGCAUGGUAUCUCUUUUGCUACAGAGCAAGAUGGGAAUGAGAGGUUGUUAUCAGGCGAUUUGUCACCUUCUCCAAAAUAUACAAUGUCAGAGAGAUGGAUCAUGGAUCAGCAGAGAAAGAGGCUUCUAGUUGAGCAAAAGUGGGUACAAAAACAGCAGAAAACAAAGCAAAGAAUGGCUACUAGUUUUCACAAGUUAAAGGAAAAUGUGAGCUCCUCUGAAGAUAUUUCUGCUAAAACCAAAAGUGUCAUAGAGUUAAAAAAACUUCAACUAUUAGAGCUCCAACGACGACUCCGGAGUGAUUUUCUGAACGAUUUUUUCAAACCAAUUACAACCGAAAUGGAUCAUUUAAAAUCAAUUAAGAAACAUAGGCAUGGUAGAAGGGUCAAACCUGAAAGGUUUGAGCAGAAAAUGAAGGAAGAGCGUCAGAAACGGAUUCGUGAGAGGCAGAAGGAGUUUUUCAGUGAGAUAGAGGUUCACAAGGAAAAGCUUGAUGAUGUAUUCAAAAUCAAGAGGGAACGGUGGAAGGGUUUCAAUAGAUACGUGAAGGAGUUCCAUAAAAGAAAAGAGCGCAUUCAUCGUGAAAAGAUUGAUAGAAUCCAGCGGGAAAAGAUUAAUUUACUGAAAAUAAAUGAUGUGGAGGGAUAUCUUCGUAUGGUGCAGGAUGCAAAAUCAGAUCGUGUAAAACAACUACUUAAAGAGACUGAGAAGUAUCUUCAAAAGCUUGGGUCCAAGCUACAGGAAGCUAAGGCCGCUGCUGGGCGUUUUGGACAGGAGGUUGAUGAUACAGGUCAUGUCAGUUUUCUUGAGAAUAGUGAAACAGAAAACGAAGAUGAAAGUGAUCAGGCAAAGCAUUAUAUGGAAAGUAAUGAGAAGUAUUAUAAGAUGGCUCACAGUAUAAAGGAGAGCAUUGCAGAACAGCCAUCUAGUUUGCAAGGGGGGAAAUUGAGAGAAUAUCAAAUGAAUGGCUUGAGGUGGCUGGUUUCCCUAUACAACAAUCAUUUGAAUGGAAUUCUUGCCGAUGAAAUGGGACUGGGUAAAACAGUACAGGUUAUUUCUUUAAUUUGCUAUCUGAUGGAAACAAAAAAUGAUAGAGGACCGUUUCUCGUGGUUGUGCCCUCUUCGGUUCUUCCUGGUUGGGACUCAGAAAUAAACUUCUGGGCUCCUGGUGUUCAUAAAAUUGUCUAUGCUGGACCGCCAGAGGAGAGACGUCGGUUAUUCAAGGAAAGGAUAGUUCAACAGAAAUUCAAUGUUCUUUUGACUACAUAUGAAUAUUUGAUGAAUAAGCAUGAUAGACCAAAGCUGAGCAAAAUACAUUGGCAUUAUAUAAUAAUUGAUGAAGGCCAUCGCAUAAAGAAUGCUUCUUGCAAGUUGAAUGCUGACUUGAAACACUAUCAGAGCUCUCACAGAUUGCUAUUAACUGGAACACCUUUGCAGAACAAUCUUGAAGAGCUAUGGGCACUACUUAAUUUCUUGUUACCAAACAUAUUCAAUUCAUCGGAGGACUUCUCUCAAUGGUUUAAUAAGCCAUUUGAGAGUGCUGGAGAUAGCUCACCUGAUGAAGCUCUAUUAUCCGAGGAGGAAAAUCUCUUGAUCAUAAAUCGUCUGCACCAAGUUUUGAGACCCUUUGUACUCAGGAGAUUGAAACACAAGGUUGAAAACGAGCUCCCUGAGAAGAUCGAGAGACUAAUAAGAUGUGAGGCUUCUUCAUAUCAAAAACUUUUGAUGAAGAGGGUGGAAGAAAAUCUUGGUUCUAUUGGCUCUUCAAAGGCUCGAUCAGUACACAACUCUGUCAUGGAGCUUCGAAAUAUAUGCAAUCAUCCAUAUCUCAGCCAGCUUCAUGCGGAGGAGGUGGAUAACUUCAUACCUAAACAUUAUCUGCCACCAAUUAUUCGGCUCUGUGGGAAGCUUGAGAUGUUGGACCGUUUAUUGCCUAAAUUAAAGGCUGCAGAUCAUCGGGUUCUUUUCUUUUCAACAAUGACUAGGCUGCUGGAUGUUAUGGAGGAGUACCUAACCUUGAAGCAGUAUCGGUACCUUCGGUUGGAUGGACAUACCUCAGGAGGUGAUCGUGGUGCUCUGAUUGAACUAUUUAACCAACCUGAUUCUCCAUAUUUUAUUUUCUUGCUCAGCAUUCGAGCUGGUGGUGUUGGAGUGAAUCUUCAAGCUGCUGACACAGUGAUCUUAUUUGACACUGACUGGAAUCCCCAGGUUGAUCUUCAAGCCCAAGCCAGGGCUCAUCGAAUUGGUCAAAAGAGGGAUGUUCUUGUUCUUCGGUUUGAAACUGUUCAAACUGUUGAAGAACAAGUCAGAGCUUCAGCUGAGCACAAACUUGGUGUUGCUAAUCAGAGCAUUACUGCUGGUUUUUUUGAUAAUAAUACAAGUGCUGAAGAUCGAAGAGAAUACUUAGAAGCGCUCCUGCGUGAGUGUAAGAAAGAAGAAGCUGCACCUGUUUUGGAUGAUGAUGCUCUGAAUGAUGUCUUAGCCCGCAGCGAAACAGAGUUAGAUAUAUUUGAGGCUGUUGACAAAAAAAGGAAGGAAGAUGAGCUGGCUACAUGGAAGAAAUUGGUGCAUGGACAGACAGCUGAUGGAUCUGAUCUUAUUCCUCCACCUCCUACUCGUCUGGUCACUGAUGAGGAUCUGAAACAGUUCUAUGAAGCAAUGAAGAUAUCUGACGUCCCUAAGGUUGUGGUAGAAUCUAGUGGAGUAAAGCGAAAGGGUGGAUAUCUUGGAGGCCUUGAUACUCAACAAUAUGGCAGGGGAAAGCGUGCAAGAGAGGUACGUUCCUAUGAAGAGCAAUGGACAGAGGAAGAGUUUGAAAAGAUGUGUCAAGUUGAAGCUCCAGAUUCACCCAAAGUAAAAGAAGUGGCAGAAAUGAGUUAUCCGACAAAUACUUCCAGCUCUAUUGUAUCUACUUCCAACCCCGAACCUGAGGUGGCCGUGUCUCCAGUGGCCCCAACAUUGCCAUCUGUGGAGAGUUUGCCUGUACAGCAAGCUAAAGAGAUAACUCCCCCAGCCAAACGUGGUCGUGGACGACCAAAAAGAAUAACAUCUGAUAAGUCCCCAGCUGUGAUGGGCCCUCCAGUAACUUCUGGAACUGUUGAAGUAGACACACAGUUGCAAAAGGGAUCUGGGUCUGGACACUUAGCAUCAUCAGCUGCUGAUUCUGUUUCUCAUUCUUCUGAAGUUACAAGUGUGAAUGCACCCGUGCAGCAGUCUGAUACAGGAGUUUCUCCUAAUGCACGUCCUGCCAUUCCUGUGCCCACUAUUCCACCAAAUUCUCACGUAGCUGCUGUUCCUGUUGCUGUAUCUAUUCAAGCAAGAGGACCAGGGCGGAAAAAUCAUGGUAGUGAAGGGAUUAGACGUAGAGGAAAGAAGCAGGUCAUGGUUCCUCCUCCUGUCCCGGGUGGUUCUGUUGGUCCUGAUGUAAAGGUGAAUGAGAAAUUGGAUAAUAAAUUGGUGAGUCCUUCUGGUCAAGCUAUCUCCCAGGGUGAAGUUGUUCCCAGUUUGGCUGCAGUAGCCUAUCCAUCUUCUGCUUCUUUGAACAGUGGUCUGGGUGCUGGGACUGUUUUGAAUUCUCAGGCACCCCAUCCCUCACCCUCUAAUACAACAUUGGUUCAUACGAUAACCACUCAUCCAUCUGAACAGAUGCCAAGUAAAGGACAAAAUCAGAAGUCGCAAACUGGAGUUUCACGUCGUAGGGGGAAGAAGCAGGCACCAAUGUUGGCUCCAGUUCCAGAUGUUUUACAUGAGGAUUCAGAUCAAACUGCAAAUUUACCUAUAUCAUCAGGAAGUGCUGUAGUUGAAAAAGCCACUGAAUUAAAGAGCUUGCAAGUGAACAAUGUUCCAGAAUCAAAAUGUGUUGUCCAGGAUCAAGCAUCACAGAACCUAGGUGAUCAGGAUUUAAAAUCAUUGGAAGGAUCAGAGGACUCAGCUAAACAGACAGUGAUCACGCCUUCAUGUCAAGAUAGUAUGACCAAAUUUCCAGGGAAAGAUCUUGAGAAGGUUAAGAAUCUUGAGGUGCAUGAUGCUUCUGUAAAGAUUGUUAAAUCUUCUGAAAUAACCUCGUCAAAGGUUGAUGAAGUUUGCAAUAACUCACGGACUGAAACUUCAUUUCUCACAACAGUGCCUGUUGCUGAGGCAACGAAAGAUCAGCUUUCGGGUGGCAAAACCCAUACUCCAACCGUUGAAACUACAAAAAUCAUCCCUUCAGUUGUUGAUACUCCUACUAAUACUGAUGCCAUCAAUAAGUCUUUAGAUCCUGUGAAUCCAAAGAUUGUUCCCAGUACAUUAAGCACUAUUAAUCCUUCCACUCCAGCCUCUGAAAGUACUCUUUCAGGCUCAAUUGAAUCCAUCCCUUCCAGAAGGCAAGGUCGGAAAACUCAAAAUAGAGCUGAGCCACCAAGACGAAGGGGUAAAAAAUCAGCUUCAGUGUUACCUGUUGUUCCUGAUGCAGUUACGGGUCAGGAUCCUAAGUUAAGUCAUCAUGCACAGAAUUCAUCAGGGGAUUCAUUGCAAGGUAAAGCCACUGCCAAUAUCAGUCAAACCCAAUCCUUUGAGAUCCUUUUACCCAGUGGAGUAGUCAGUCAUGAGUCAAAAAGAAAAGACAGAACAACCAAUUCUACCCAAAAUAAGCAAAUGAAAGUUACAAGGAUUGACAGUGCACCUAUCUCCGCAGAUAAGAUUUCUGUGCAUGAUGUUGCUAGGGUAAUGAAGGAAGUUUUCUCUGGAACUUGCUUACCAAAGCCCAAAGCUCAUGAUUCUGCCGGGAGUGAGGAUAAAAAUUCAACUGUUGGACAUGUAAUGACUAAAGCUGCAGUAUGUGGCUCCAAUAACCACCAGACUUUGGAGGAUAAAGCACGUUCUGAUAUAACAUCUAGUGGUGCAGCAUGCCUAACUUCGGAUGCUGUUGUGAAUGUUCCUGAAAAACAAUCAGAACCAGCAUCCAGUAUGCCAAAUUUGGAGGGUAAAGCUAAUUUAAAUAUGCCAACUACCGGAGAACAUAGCCUGCUAUCAGAUGUUAAAGAAAAGGAUGAACAGACUCAACAUUGUGUUGAAAACUCAAUCACAGAGUGUAAAAUAGCUCUUGAUCCAACUGUCAGUGCUGUUGAAAAGACUGGUGGUUAUCCUGAGAAACUUCCUACCAGUGAUUUAAGUAUAGAUUCGAGUAGCCAUCAGAUAUGUUCAUCUUCUAGUGCUGGAUCUCUUGUGGUAAUUGAUCAAAAUAAACUUGGAGACCAAUCUGAUGUUUCUGAGGAGUGUUUAAGACCUUCUGCACUUGAUAUUGGUGGCCCAGGAUGCACGCUAACUCCAUUGGAACCCAAAACUUCUAGUAAUAAUCAUGAAUCUACUCAGACUGAUAUGUGUACUCAGAGCCAUUCAUCCACAAACAAACGUCUGGAUGACACAGAACAAAUUUCUACUGAAAAAUUGGAUACUGACAGCUCUGGGUUAUUGGUUAAGACUGAAAAUUUAGGUGAUCAACCACAAGUGACCUCAUCUAGUCCUGCAACAGGUCCUCCUCCAAGUACAGUGAUAGUUUCUAUUGUUUCGAAACAAAAUGAAGUUAAAAAUGAAACCGAGUUUGCCUUAAAAGCUUCUGCUGAACUCUCCUCUGAUGAUGGGAUUGUUGGGUGUAAAAUUCCAGAUUCAGAGUUGCUGAAACCUGAGAAUCCGAUUACAUUUGAACAUGAUUCUCAAAAGCCAUUAGAACCCCCUGUGAAGCAGUGUUCAGAAUCAGCUUCUGAAAUGGAAGAUCCUGUGGGUGCUAAGGCUGUUAAAAUUGAGAAACAUUCAAAUGCUCUAGAACCUGAUUUGGAUGAUACUCCAUUGAUUGAGAGUUGUGCAAAAAUUCUCUCCGAAGAAGAAAAGGAUGAUGUGAAUUUCAUAUGUGAACAGCUUCAGUCUGGUUCCCAAGAAAAUAUAGUAUUACCCAAUCCCAUUGACAAUCCGAAGACUUCAUCUGAGGCUUGCCAUGUAGAAAUUGACACAUCUGACAGGUUAGUGUUGCCACAGCCUUCAGGUUUGGAAGCUGUAGGGAAUGAUUUAAGAGGUGAUUCUGGUGUUGGCAGUUUUGUAGAGGGAACUAUAUCCGAAGGUGCAGUCCUGUCCCAGUCAACCAUGGUUGAAGAGCAAAAUAGGGGCUCAGAACCUUUGGAAGAGUCAAUGGAGAAGGAUGUGGCCAACAACUCUGGAUUCCAGGAGGAAGUAAAAGUUGAUGAAGUGGAGGCUGAUGGUCUAAUGAAUUCUUCUAUUAGUCAGACUGUGCUUGUAAAACAUGACGCUUUUCAAGAAAAUAUGAAUUUGUCCUCCCAUCCAAUGACAAAGGAAGAAAACAUAGAAGGAUCAACUGUGAGGAGCCUAUCUAUCAGCAUUUCUCCUUCAAAUGGAUUGAAGGAUUCUAAAUCUGAACUAGGCCAUAAAGAUAUAUCUGCUGUUGGUAAUUCUCAGAUUGGAUCUGAAGAUAGUAUGUUGAAGAGCUUGGGUGUAGUUUCAUCUCCUUCGGUGAGGAAGGAAGAAGGGGUCAGUUCUACCCCUGAUAUUGAUGGCCUUGAAGGUCAGUCAGUGUCUCUGAGGGUACCUGUUUCCUCUAAUGACUUGCUUGGUAAAUCAAAGUUUCAUCAAUUAAUAACUGUCCCAGAUGCUGUGGAGCCUUCAUUGUCUCAACUGAAAGAGGAAGAAAAGAUUGGGGUAUUAUCUGAUUGUAAAUUAGUUGUGGGGUCUGUCUCUGAAAAGGACAUCGAAGGAUCUGGUCUCUUGCCAGAAGAUCCAGUGCUGGAAAUCAAUAAAACGUCAUCAGAUUCCCCGAUUAUUGUUACCGACUCUUCGGAGGCUCAAGUGUCUUUGGUAAAAGGAGACUGUGAAGAAGUUCGAAUGAGUGAUCAAAUGGAUGUUUCUGAGGUUUCUCGGAAUGAUUCAGAAAGGUUUUCUUCCAAUAGCCAGAAUGAUCCUUCUUGUUUGCAGAUGGAGAGAGAUAAUGCUAAUGUGUUAUCUGACAGGGGCCCUCUCUUCAGUUCGUUUGGUCCAGGCGAAAGAUAUCCUCUGAUUGAGAAUUGUAGGGAUGACAUCAUGGAACCUAUUGCAAAUCCGUUAUUGCAAAAUAAAUCAGAAUGUUCUGAAUCUGAGAAGGUUGAGAUGAAUACAUCUGAUGUUGGCUGCGUUGAUCCAGAACUGGUGGCCAAAAGCACAGAUUUGCCUUCUUCUUUGAUGGAGGAAGAAAAAGCUGAUAUUUCAUGCAGGAGCCCAUUGGCUGGUGCAGAACCAAUGACUGGAGAGAAUUGUGAAGAUGCUAGUGAGGAACCAAAUCGUUCAGAAGCUGAGAUCGGUAAUCAAAUGGAUGCAUCUGAUGCUGGGGUUAAUACGGAACAACUUUCAUCAGGUGACGUUAUUGAGCCAUCAUCUUCCUUGAUAAUUGAGGACAAUAAGAUUGUUUUGUCAUCUGUAAAGGUUCCACAUCUGACUGAAGAGGGGAGCUGUAAAGAUUCUAGGGAGGGUCCAUCUACAAAUCCAGUACUGCUACAGGAAUUAAAUAAUAAUUCCGAAGCUGAGAUUUGUGAUCAAGGCAGUACACAGGUUGGUGAGACACCUGUGGAUGUAGUCAAAGCAUCAGAGGUGGAAAGAGAGGUGAAGACAUUGUCUGAUGAGGGUCCACAAGGAAUAUUCGAAACCCAGGUUGAAUCAAGAGGAGUGGCUGACAGUGAGGUCAGGACAGAUAGUAAAAGCUGUGCUACUGAGAUCGAAAAUGUAUCUGAAGUCCCAAAUUCCUCAGUAUCGGUUGAACAGGUGGAUGACUUAUCUAAUGAAGGUAUUGUUGGCAGCCAAUCAAUAAUGCAGGUGCCGGAAGAUUCUGAAGCUAUUGCGGGUGUUGAGAUUGAUGUUACUCCAGAUUGUUUGGAUCCCUCGGUAUCAGUUGAGAAGGUGGAUGGCUUAUCCAAUGAAGGUAUUGUUGGCAGCCAACCAAGAAUGCAGGUGUCAGAAGAUUCUGAAGCUAUUGCGGGAGAUGGAAUUGAUGUUACUCCAGAUUGUUUGGAUCCCUCAGUAACAGUUGAGAAAGUGGAAGGGUUGUCUAAGGAAGGUUUACUUUGCAUCCAAGCAAAAGUGCAGGUAUCGGAAGAUUCUGAAGCUGUUAUAGGAGAUGGGAUUGAUAUUACUCCAGGUUGUUUGGCUGUGCCAGAGACUGUGACAAUUGUUGAGGAUUCAUCUAUCUGCUCUUCAACAGUAGGGAGUGAACAUGUGGACAACUUGUCUGAAGCAAACAUUGACACUAAAGAAUCUAAAACAGAAGUUGACACUAAAGAAUCCGAAUCUGGUGUGUGUAACCAGGAAAAUCAAGUAGUGCAAGAAAAGGCAUCAGAAUGCAGGGAACGUGAGAAGGAUUUGGAUGGCAACACUUCAGCAAAACUUGACCCCAAAGAAUCUGAAGCUGGUGAUUGUAACCAGGAUAAUGAAGAAAAAACAGUGAAAGACAUUGAAAAAUCCACGCCUGUAGCUGAGGGCUCCUCCUAGAAAUGUUUUGAGUGCCUGCUCAAGAAAUACAGA